GCAGAAACCGUUUCCGGGCGGUUUUAAGGCCCUUAGCCUCGUCCUUCCGCUCGCGCAUGCGCGGAAAGCGGUCCUUCUCGCUCUCUUCUCCUGAGCAGCAGUUGUUGAAUGUGGCUGUUCCCCACAACUCUGAAUAUGUAUACUUGUGCAAAGUUGAUUUCUGCCUCCAUCCUGGUGAGGAACAGUUCCACGGUUUUAUGCAGACCUCUCUCUGCUUCUGUGCUGAACAGACCUCAGAUCAGGACGGAAAAGCCCUGCUUUCUUUCGGGCGCUCAGCAUGAAGUCUUGCCGCUGCUGCAUCAGCAGUUCCAAACGAGUGCGGUGUCCAGGGACAUUGAUACUGCCGCCAAGUUUAUUGGUGCUGGUGCUGCCACCGUGGGUGUAGCUGGCUCUGGUGCUGGCAUUGGAACAGUGUUCGGCAGUCUCAUCAUUGGCUAUGCCAGAAAUCCCUCCCUGAAGCAGCAGCUGUUCUCCUAUGCCAUCCUGGGUUUUGCACUUUCCGAAGCCAUGGGGCUCUUCUGCUUGAUGGUAGCAUUCCUCAUUCUCUUUGCCAUGUGACAAAACCAACAUGUACUACUACGUACAUACUCUUCCUUUCUUCCCACCUGUGUUUAGUCUAAUGUGUACGCUGAGCUGAGUGUUUUGUGGGAGAGAUGGGAAGCUCACCUGUUAACCAAAUCCUCCCUGUUCACUGGGGGCAAGUGAAUAAAUACAGCGUUGGUAUACAUUUCCUGCUUUUUUUUAGUGUGCAUAUUUGAUUUUGUAAUAGACACCUGGUUCCAAAUAUUUUGUCCAUGGGGUUAGUCGGUGAUUUAUUUAUUUUUUGGGGGGUGGAAUUGACCAGUGGGACACAGGAAUUCCAUCUGAUGAUGCCAGGACCAUUUGCACAACAUAAUACAAUGUGUUCAGUGCCUCCAAUAGAUUACUGAAAAUCCAGUAAUGGCUGUAAGUUUGUUUUUUAGUUCAGUAAUUUGCAAUAAGUGUGAAAUACCUAAUCAGUAGCUUGAUGCCAUUACUUUUUAUGAAAUCUUAAUUAAUUUAAUGAAGCUUGUCCUUAGUGUCAUAGGAUUGUAGCAAUACUUAUUGGUGCUUCUGCCGGCAUGACUUUAGCUUGGAGCAGGAUGUACAGCCUCUAUGCAAGAUACAGUUCCUGAGCCUCUGUUUUGCUGCUAGAAUGUAUUAACAACCCAUAAAUAACAGUGAGACUCCCUACUAUCCUUGUUUUUUAAAAAGAAAAAUAAGCAUUUUACAUGUUUGUUCCACCUACUU